AAAAAAAAAAAAAAAAAAAAAAAAAAAAAAAAAAAAAAGGAAAAUUCUUUUCCUCUUCGUCGAACGGACGCGAAGAAAAAGAAAAAAAGGAACGAAAACGCUCGUUCCCAUUCUCCCGCCGUCCGCUCCCUUCACCCGUCGCACAGCCGCCGUCGACGUCGGACCCCGCCGCUCCUCCAUCGAAGCCUCCGACCAGCGCCGUCUUCCAGCCUAGCCGGAUCUCCAGCUGCUCACCGCCACGAUCGCAGCCGCCGCUCACCGCUGCUCCUACUCCAGCCGGCUCAAGCCGCCCGCGCGUCGUCCAGCAAUACCGACGAGUUGAACCACCAUUGCUGGUAGAUUUCGCCAAAUUUUUUGUUAGAUUCUGGGUUUAGGUUCAAGAUUUGAGGGGAUUUUGAGGUGGCCCAUCAAGUUUAAGACCAUUGUUAGAUUUUGGUAAAUUUUUGGAGAGUUAUUUGAUGGCUUGGCUCUUGGUUAUUUCUGCCUUCGUUGUUAUUUGGAUUGCUUCAUUAUGCAAAAUUUUUUCAUCUUCUAGGAGUGCUUUCUUAAAUGAUGUCACUCCUCAAAAGAGAAAUAUCUUGCUGGUCAUUGCCCAUCCAGAUGAUGAGUCUAUGUUUUUUUCUCCAACAAUAAACUUCCUUACAUCAAGGGGGCAUAAGCUUCAUAUUUUAUGCAUGUCGAUUGGUAAUGCAGAUGGCAUAGGAACCGUGAGAAGAGAAGAGCUAUACAAAGCUUCCUUAGUUCUUAAGGUUCCCCUCGGUCAAGUGAAGAUCUUGGACCAUCCAGAUUUGCAGGAUGGUUUUGGCAAAGUGUGGGAUCAUAAACUGCUGGCAGAGAUUAUUGAACAGGAAAUAUCAAGCCAUGAGAUUGACUUGAUUAUUACUUUCGACAGCUAUGGAGUUUCCGGUCACUGUAAUCAUCGUGAUGUGCACAACGGGGUGCGAGGUUUCUUACACAAUAAGGCUCCAGAAAAUUUCGAGGCAUGGGAACUAGUCAGUACCAACAUACUGCGGAAGUAUAGCGGACCAUUUGAUAUCUGGUUAUCUAUUUUGUUUUCCGAAGAGCACACACGUGGAAUAACUCAUUGCUUGUUAAAUGAAUGCCCACGACAAAGCUUCCUUGCAAUGGCACAGCACGCAAGCCAAUGGGUUUGGUUUCGGAAACUCUUUGUUACUUUUUCCAGUUAUACCUUUGUCAACACACUCAAAAGAAUUAACUAGUUGUGCGGUUAUUAUGCCAUGCGACGUUACAACAUUACAGAUAUCUACUUUGCGGGAAGUGUGGAAUCAGAAUUUCUUCAUUUCAUGUGAGGUUUAGAUUGGAGUCUCUCCCUAUUUCCCGAUGCGUUCUAAUGAUUUGUGUUUUAUUACAGUAUUAAUAAUUCACCACACGUUCAUUUUACUCAUCUUUGGGUAGGACUUGGCUUUGUCUGUAACUUAACAUGGAAUUCAGCUGGUGAAACAUUGUUGAUUGGCAUCAACUCGUUCGUUAGAAGUCGAGCUUGAGCCUAACUAAGACCAAAUUGGGAAUGUGGACUUGGUCAUUCUAUCUAGUUCAAAAAUGUAUUAGGUCAUGGUUUUAUACUAAUUCUCUGCAAACCUGUAGGUCAAGAUACUCGUGGUUAUGUGAAAUAAUGUUGAUGUUAAAUAUUUAUUUGGAUCGAAAAA